AUGAUUAUAAUAAAGUAUAUUUACAUUAGCCUACUUUUUAAUUUUAUUCAUCAAUUAUUUGUAUGCUCGAAAGCUCAAAAUUGGCUAUACUCUCCCUAAUAUAGUUAUAUCAUCAAAGCAUCAGGGUAGUAGAGUUUAUUUUCUAAGAUUUUGGUUAGUUCUUAAACAGGCAUUGUCUUUGUAUCUGCUGGAAACUAAGGUAUUUUAGUCAUAGAUCCAGAUUAAUAGUACAAAGUAAUUGCAAACUUAAAAUCUGAUGAUCAUGUCGAAGGUUUCACAUGCACUGCAGAUGCUAAAUAUAUAUUUAUUACAACUAAAAACUUAUUGUCUAUUUACAGCUUUUAAAAUAGAAAUACAUUUACGCUAAUAGUUUAAUAAUCUUCUACAACUACCACAGAUUUGAUUCUUAAUUCAUAAGAAGAUACUUUAUACAUUCUUUAAGUAAAUGGAAUUGUAAGUAUCUUUGAUGUCUCUUUAAAAAGUAAUCCUACUCUUGUUGGAUAGAUAUAAUGGAAUUCUUAGCAAAUUUAUGGAGGAGUUUUAACUCAAGAUGAGAGAUUUUUAAUUUUAUGCUAAGAUUAUCUUGGAUUAGCUGUAUUCUCAAUCAGUAAGUCUAAAAAUUAAGUGAUAGGUAAAUUAGUAGGUUCUUUUUCAGGAUAAACGCAAGGAAGUUCUCACCAAGCAAUUAUAACCACUGAUUAAAGAUAUUUGAUAAGCUUAGACAAUAGAAAUGGGUUAAGUUUUGCAGAUUUUAGUCAAAUUUUAAAAGCUAAUCCCUCCAAAUAUCCUUACUCUUUUAAAUACUACCUAAGCUAGUGGUGGCCGUCUUAGGUAAAUGUACCUGCUCCUUACUCAUUUUGUCUUUCAAGAGAUUCAAAUUUUCUAUUCGUAGGAGUUAGGUCAAUUGGAAUUUAUACUAUUGAUAUUACAGAUAAAUUAAAUCCGCUUAUUUAUACAUGGGCAUAUUUACCCUAUCAUGGCAAUUCUAUUAGCUUAUCUCCUACAGCCAAUUAUCUCUACUUUUCUAAUUCGAAUUCAUUUAUGGUUUUUAGAAGAAUGAAACCAAUUUUGGGAUAAAAGUAUGUCAGUCUUUAUAACGGUAAUCACUCUUUAGGGUUUUCAUAGGCAAAUACCAGGUAUUAUUGGAGAUGUGAUUAUGACCCUUAAAGAUAGGUAUAUAUAGGAGCAUUUGAUACAGAUGGUCUUUGGUUUAUAGAUGUCAGUGAUCCUACUAGAUUUAAUGUACUUCAAAGUUCAUACAAACCACCAAACUAAGAUGCUAAUAUUGAUGCCUUUUAUGCUUUAAAUAAUUACCAAACACUGGUUAUUGCAAUGAAUGAUGGAAUAAAUUUUAUCGCUGUCCUUAAUGUAACAAAUUAUGCAAAUAUUAAGAUUAUUUAAAAAGUUCCAUUAGGAUUACCUGUCAAUGGAUACAUAAAAGAUUUUGACAGCAAUAAUGGUAAUACUUUUUUAGCUGCAGCUAUGGAUAGGGCAAUAGCAUUUGUAGAUAUCAGAACUUUAGGGAAUUACUAUGUUUUAGCAGUGUGGUAAUUUUUGCCACAAUUGAAAGGAUUUACAACUGGACUUAUGAUAUCUUAUGAUGCAAAAUACUUUAUUGGGGCUUGUAGAGGCUAUGGCUACUUUGUUUUAGAUAUUCAAGAUUGGAAUAAUAUUAAAUUAGUGAAUUACUUAGAUUCUACAGGAGCAGAAUAAGUUUUUGAAUCACAAGCUUAUAGCUACUAAUACUACUUAAUUGAUGGACUUGGCGGACUCUAUAUCAUGGAUUAAACGAAGUUACCUCAGUUUGUACAGUUUUCUUAGCUCAAUGUGCCAGGUUGGACUAAUGAUAUAACAUAUCUAUAAGAUGAAAAAACUGUUAUUAUUGCAACUAUGCAGUAGGGUAUGAUCUAUUUGGUAGAUAUAUCAAAUAAUAAAAAUCCAAUUAUUAUCUCAAGUUAUUAGUAUGGAGAUUAUAAUGGAUUUGUAUCUUGUUCUACUUAAGAUUUUACAAAAUUAUUUAUUGAUAAUAAUAAAGAAAUGAGAUAACUUCCCCUUGAAGUUUCUGUAUAAUUUCAUACAGACUAUAUCGAAGUAUUGGGUUAUUCAGAAACAGGUGACAUGCAGUUCAGCAUAAUAAAUAGCCCAGAUUAACAAAUUUUUUAUGUAGGGCAAACAAUUAAGCUAAACUUUUGUUUUUUAUAUUAACCAUUAGAUUUGGUUGUAAAAAAAGUUAUGCUUUUCUAGAAAUAAAUAUAAAAGAGUUUACCUUCUUGGAUUUCUUAUAAUCCAAUUGAAAUUUCAGCUGUGGUUUAAAUCACAAAAGAUGCAGUAGAUCCUUCGAAUAUAAAAUAGCCUCUUUUAAACACGUUAGUUAUAACAACAGUAAGACCGCUUUAUAAAAAUGAUUUUUUAUUUAUUAAAGGACAAUGCCCAACAAAUAUAGCCUAAGCAGCAGCUAUUCUUUUAUAGUUAUAAUAAAAUGGAGUUAUAGAUGAAAAUAAUUUAGUUUCUGAAAAUUUACAAUUCAGCGAGCUUGAAGUGAUUGAAAUGAGAAACUAAAAUCUCUUUCCUAACUUAACUUUAGAAUAACAGACUUAUAAUAGCUGUAUUAGCAAUACAACAAAAUACACAUUAUUGUAAGCUAUUUAGAAUACUCCAGUAUAUUUUAUGGUAAAGUCAUCAUUGGGUUUAAUUAUAGAUGGAUCAACGAAUAAUUUUAUAUCAACAAGAGCAAAUUUAGUAAAUAUUUAAAUUGAAAUUCCUAAAUUCUAAGGAUAGUUUAUAUAUGUGAACUAAGGUUCAGUUAAUAUAUAAUUAAAUGCGGAUAUGAAUAUUAUAAACAUAGCUGGGAGAGUAUCAAAUGUGAAUUCAUUUUUACAAUAAAAGGUAAUUAUAUUUCCGUUAGCUCCUAAUUAAUAUAAUCAAAUAUCAUCAGUUAUAACAGUCACUGAUUCUAUUAACUAUCCUAUCGUAAUUAACAAAAUGGUUUCUAUGAUUCCAUUUUUAGCAGAGAAGUAGCAAAUUUAAAUCAAUCCAAAUAAAACAUUGUAGAGCUAAUUUGCAGAUGAUAUUUCCAUUUAAACUAAUUUCGAGUUCAGUGUUCAUUCUUUGACAUUCAUCAUUCCUGAUUUAAACAAAACUGUUUCAUACGAAGUAAAGCGCCUAAAAGGAUAAAACUAUACAGAUUUGAGUACUAAUGACUGGUUAUAAUUUGAUAAUGACACUUCUAAAUUUUAUGGAGUUCCUCCUUAGAGUGCUUUUAGAACGAGCUUGACUAUUUAAGUUACAGGUUCUGAUGGAUACACAAAGGUUUCUUAAACCUUUACAGUUCAUGUAAAUCAAGUACCAUUUUUAAUUGUCAUUUAGUGGGUAAUAUCUAUUUUAGGCCCUAUUACUGGAUUAUUUGGCCUAUAUAAUUUUAGAGGAGAUAUUUAUAAUAUAAUAUACAGGAAAAGAAACAAGUAUAGCUAAAUAAAUUGUUAACCAAACAAAUUGUUUAUCCUUAAAAUUCCUUUAAUCCUUCAUGAAGCAGAUGCUUCUAUACAAAUCAUAAAAAAGUUUCAGAAGGAAUUAAAAAAAAAUUAGAAAAGAGAAAAAGAUAAUGUCGAAAAUAAUAAAACAAAUAAAGAAAGAUAAUCUUAAAAUUUUUAACUAAAAGAAAGAAAACAAAAAAGAGAGCUUUCCAAAUUAAAUUAGAUUAAAGGGAAAGUCUCUGUCUUAAUUGGUAAAUUGAAAGGAAUCGUUUUUACAAAUAUAAAUCAUCUUGCUUUAAAUUAUAAAGUUUAACUAAAAAAUCUGCAAGCUGCUCAAAACAAAUCUAUAUUUGAAUAAAAAUACUUAAAUUAAAAUGGGACAUUAAAUUAUGAAGCAUUCUUUGAUAAUCUAAUUGAAUAUAAUAUAAAGUUUAACUUAAAUAAUACUGAUUCUUCAACAAAAACUAUUUAAAACGAUUUAGUCAAUGAAUUAGGAGUAUUAAGAUAAUGCUUAAUGUUUUAACUUGCAAGAAAGAUAAUCAAGCAUGAUUAAAAAAGCAUGGCUAUUUAUGAUUUCUUGAAAAAUUACUCAUAAAUAGUAAAUCCAUAACUAACCUUAAAUGAUUGGUAUAAGCAUUUGCUUAAAAUACAAUCAACUGAUGAUUUAGACUCUUCAGGUAAAUAGAUAGUUUUUCCGCAAUUUUCUUUUAGAUUAUUUAAGUUAAAAGAAGCCCUUAAAUUUUUAGACAUUUAACUUGACUUUGAAAUUAAUGAAUUGAUAAAUCUAAACUAAGAGAAUACAUAAACAAAUAAUAAAAACUAAAUAUUUGAUUAAGUCAAAGAAAAACAUGGUAUCAAUUUAUACUUGGUUGAAUAGAUUGUUUUUGCUGAUGCUGCAGGUGUUUAGAGCAAAUUGCCAAAUUCAUUUUUUCCUAGCAGUGGGGAGUCUAUUUAUAUUGAACCUCACUAAAUUAACUAAAUUAUAGCCUUAAGAUAUCUACCUGGUUCAUGUAUGUGCAUAGAGAGAAUCUUAGGUUUAGAUUUUAAAAAUUAUGGGCCUCAAGGUAAUAUCUAGCUUCCUAAUUGGAUGUAAUUAGACACAUAGCCAGGUUUAAUUGUUUUAAAAGGUACUCCUGAUUUCUCUAACACAGAAACAAUCCUUAUUAGAAUUUCUACAAGUGCAAAUUAUAUUAUCAGAAAUUUUAUUUUGAAUGUCUAAAAGGAUAUAAAAAAAUACAACCAAUACAGAAAAUAAGUAAGUUUAAAACAAAAAAGUCCUAAAAAUAAAAAUAUAAGCCGAAAUAGUAAAAUAUAAAAUAGUAAAUUUAAAAGUUUAUUUUGCUAAAAAAGUGAUGCAAAAGCUUAAAAGUCCAUUUUCGAAUAGCUUGAUUGUUUACCUACAAAACUAGAUACCCAGCAAAAACAAAAUUCCAAAUCACUUAUUUAGUUUUCAGAAGAAGAAGUAGAAAUUAUAGAAAGUUAAGAUUUGAACUCAAAAGUUGAUUAGAUAUAAAAUGAUUAGUAGAUUAACCAAUAUAAAUAAUAAUAAUAACAAUAGGCUGAUGAAUAAAUUUAAAAAAGCUAAAAUAAUUAAUAAGAUGACAAGUUAAAUCUUUCUAGUGAAAAAAAAGAGUCACAGAUUGACUAGUAAAGUACAUCAAAUGAGAAAAAAUCUUAAGAUAGUUGA